UGGAAUUCUGAAGCCGGAAGUCGCUCUGAAUCGUGAAGUUCUGGGGGAAGCUGCUUGGUCAACUCUUAUUCAAAACUUUAGACAGACUUAUUUAACUGCUGUUUUUACAAGCUGAAUCUAUAGUCUCCCAACUAAUCCUGUUCGUAGGGUUUACGUCGCUUCCAGACGAGUGUGAAGUGACUUUUAAAGUGCUCCUCAUGGCAUUAUUUUGGGCGAGAGAGCAGUAAUUAGCGAAGCCCUGUUGAUCAGAUCAGCCAGAGGUCGCAGAACUGCAGAGUAAGCGGUGGUCUCUCAGGACUGUAAGAUGACCGAGUAUAAGUUGGUUGUUGUGGGAGCAGGUGGUGUCGGGAAGAGCGCAUUAACCAUCCAGCUCAUUCAGAAUCACUUUGUGGAUGAAUAUGACCCCACUAUUGAGGACUCUUACAGGAAGCAGGUGGUGAUUGAUGGUGAGACGUGUCUGUUGGACAUCCUGGACACUGCAGGUCAGGAAGAGUACAGCGCAAUGAGGGACCAGUACAUGAGGACAGGAGAGGGUUUCCUCUGUGUCUUCGCUAUAAACAACAGCAAAUCCUUUGCCGACGUGCAUUUGUACAGAGAGCAGAUCAAGCGCGUGAAGGAUUCAGAUGAUGUUCCCAUGGUCCUAGUGGGGAACAAAUGUGAUUUGGCCAGAACAGUGGACACCAAGCAAGCUCAGGAACUUGCCAGAAGCUACGGCAUAGAGUUUGUAGAAACUUCUGCCAAGACCAGACAGGGAGUUGAGGAUGCUUUUUACACCCUCGUCCGUGAGAUCCGGCAUUAUCGCAUGAAAAAGCUCAACAGCAGAGAAGAUAGGAAGCAAGGCUGCCUGGGCGUGUCCUGUGAAGUCAUGUGACUGCACUGUCUCCCCCUUUGUUUUUUGUUUUUUUGUUUUGAGCAGUUUCUUGACCAGGCAGCUGGAAGCCUCGUGACCAUGUGUGUGCGUGUGUGCAGAGUUCGCCCUCUGCUGGCUGAAAGGGAUUAAUGCACAACUGGUCAUCUUUCCUGUUGGCCUGCUGUAAUAGAAAAAUGAGGCCAUUGGACAUUACGUGUUUUCACUGAGGCUCAUUUGUCUCAUUUAGUACUUGGGUUUUCCCUCUUCCUUUGGAAGAAAAACUUAAACGGGCAUUGAGAUUGGGCAUUGAGUUCUUCUUUCUUCACUUCUGACCCCUUAUUGACAUUGAUUAAAGAAAUUCUUCAUUGCAGAAGGGUGCAUCUCAUAAAAUCAUGCCUAGACCAUGUUUCACCACAAAAUUUAAAGAAUAAAUAAUUAAGGAAUUAUAUUUUGAAGCUUUUUUUUUUUUACCCAUCAAAAUCUUAUCAUAAUGCAUCUGAAAUUUUAUUCUUUAUUUUUGAUUCCCCCCCCCUUUUUUUUUUUUUUCACCCAAGAAUGCUUUGAUUAUAAGAAAUGCAUAUUUCACGGAAGGAAAGGAACUGCAUUUUUAAAUGUUAUUUAAAUUGGAAUUAAUGUAGAUAAUUACCAUAUAUCUUAAAUUGGAAGCUGUUAUUUUGAAGGUUUUAGAAAUCUCAGCCCUGAUGUUUUAAAGGCCUCAGAAGUGAGAAAGUGAAAUGUCCUUUAAUCUUAAUCCGCAGGUUCAAUGCUCAGGAAUACUGUGAACACAGAAGAUCUUCAGAAAUGUGUGGGAUUAUUUCUGUUUAUAUCUUUCCCUUUUUUUGUAGCCAAAGAGUUUAUUUAGCAUUUACUUUUACCGUUUUCUGUCGUAUACAGUAGUUCCAUUCACUCUAGAAUAUCACCUUUUUCUUUUAUUCUCUUUGCUCUCAGAUGUUAAUUGUAUAUUUUGACAUAUAAUACAUAAUGAUUAGAAUGAUUUAGCUUAGAUACAGAAAAGUCAAUCGGAUUUCAACCAUGGGGUGUGAUGGAUUUUACUUAAAGGGCCUUUUGAAUCAUGGUGCUGCUGGUGUACAUGCCAAAUCUAUGUGCCGCCUUUGUGUCCUAUAUAGCAUGACAUCUUUUAGCCCAUGUUAAAUAAUGUCUUAAAUCUUCCAGUGAAAGCUGCAAAAAUGUUUUUUGUUGGGAUUGUAACAGAUCAGUGUAAGGUUUGUUGCUGUUAUUUUCAUGCCUGAAGUCUCUUCUUGAGAGCCAAUGAAGGUUUCUCAAGAAGUUAAAGCGAUUAUUCGUGUUGACUAUCAUGUUAUUUAUAUGGCAUUUGUCUGAAACUGUGCCUGAUUUCAUCAGUGAAAUCUGCAAUAUGUUCCAUUAUUCGUACUGCGGUUGUGUUUGGCCUUCUGUCCUCGCUUUAACGGAGGCAGGAUGUUUUCUUAAAAAUACAAACUAAGUUUGCCAUUA